UUACGAGAGAUGCGUACAUUUUUACAGGUGUGUAUUACUGAGACGUUUUUGUAGUUACUGUACGAGGGGGCUACAAUGUGUUGUGUUCCGAUAAUGAUUUUAGGAUUCAGUUGUUGAAAGUUUACACCUAUUUAGUUUUACUGUUUCAAAUGACAGAUCUAUUUUUGGAUGAUAUAAUCAGCUGUAUAUAUUUACAGUCGGUGUAAUGAGGGAAGUGUCGUUUCUUUUGUGUCGACAUGAUAAUCAGCUGUUUUGGACUGUGAACCAGUAGCUGUAUAUUUUGUGUUGAUGGAUGUAAUGUGACGGGAAUUAACGAGAAAUUCAGAAUUAUGCCGCGUGCUGCACUCAGAUCAGCUGCUUCACCCCCUAAAGUGAGUUUAGAGCGUGUGAUUGGUCUGACAGUCAGCACCAAUGCGACCUUGACCUGUGACCUCACCAGUGGGACCAUCGCCUAUCCAGCAGGGUGUGUGGUGGUUUUAUUCAAUCCUCGCCGUAACAAACAGUCCCACAUUUUCAACACAUCAAAGAAAACAAUCACAUCAUUGGCUUUUUCUCCUGAUGGCAAACAGCUUGUUACAGGGGAGAGUGGCCAUCAGCCAGCGGUGCGAGUUUGGGAUGUGGCAGAGAAGACACAGGUGGCAGAAUUCCAUGGACACAAGUUUGGAAUUGUCUGUGUUAAAUUCUCACCCUCCCUAAAGUACCUGGUGUCCAUUGGGUCGCAACAUGAUAUGAUGGUCAAUGUGUGGAACUGGAAAACUGGAACUAAAGUGGCAUCUAAUAAAAUCAGCAGUAAGGUUAAUUCCAUUGCAUUCUCAAAAGAUGGUUCCAUGUUUGUCACCGUUGGUAACCGCCAUGUCAAGUUCUGGUAUCUAGAGAGCAGCAAAUCAAAGAUAAAUGAGACAGUGCCUCUACAAGGGAGGAAUGGUAUCCUUGGUGACCACAAAAACAACUAUUUCUGUGAUGUGGCCUGUGGACAAGCUGUGUAUGCAAUAACACAGACUGGAUUGUUGUGUCAGUUCAAUGACAAACGGCUGCUGGACAAGUGGGUGGAACUCCGGACCACCAAUGCAACAUGUGUAUCGGCAGGAGAGGACCACAUAUUUAUUGGCUGUGCUAAUGGUGUGGUCCGGAUAUUUGAUGCUGUCAAUCUAAACUAUGUGGCUACCAUGCCACGCCCCCACCAGCUAGGUGUCGAUGUGGCUUCAGCUCUCAGUCCCAGUCAGCUGAUUUCUCAAACAGAGGAUGCCAAGUUCCCUGACACUGUUGCCGUCAGUUGUGAUGAUGUUCAUAAAAAGGUGACAUGUGUGUACAAUGACCACAGUCUGUAUCUUUGGGACAUUCAUGAUGUGAAGAAAGUCGGCAAAUCCUGGUCCUUCCUGUACCACAGUAGCUGUGUUUGGGGACUGGAGGUGAAACCGCCCAUGAUAGAAGACAUGCAACCAGUGCUUCCGUCGUUGUCCUUUAUGACAUGUUCGUCGGAUGACACCAUUCGGAUCUGGAAUUUAGAUCCACACAUGGCUGAAACAGAGAGCUGUAAACGGAAUGUGUAUUCCAAUGAGUUACUGAAGGUGAUUUAUGUUGACCCAACCUUGACCUUCUUGAAGGAUGUCAAUUACAAUCCAGCUGGUGGCACAGACAAGACAGAUACCAACUAUGAUGGGAAAAACGGGAUCCGGUCAAUCGGUAUUAGCCCUGAUGGACGACACCUGGCCUCGGGGGAUAGAAUCGGGAAUGUCAGGGUCCAUGAUUUGAUGAACAUGCAGGAGAUUAUGAAGAUAGAAGCUCAUGACCAAGAAGUUCUUUGUGUUCAAUACUCGGACCUUGAUGCAGGUCCACAGCUGUUGGCGUCAUCCAGCCGAGACCGUUUAAUUCAUGUCUUUGAUGUGGAACAGCGUUACGGUCUGCUGCAGACACUAGAUGAUCAUUCCAGUUCUGUUACUGCCAUCAAAUUCACAGAGAAUGACGGACAGAUCAAGAUGCUCAGUUCAAGCGCCGACAAGUCUGUUUUGUUCCGAAACGCACAAAUGACUCCUACAUUCCAGUUUGUUCUAGCCAGUCAGUACGUUGUAGGGACUAACAGCUUGUAUGACAUGGACGUCGAACCCUCGCACAAAUUUUUGGCAACUGCCUGCCAGGACCGAAACAUCAGGAUCUACAACAUUAAAUCUGCCAAACAGAAGCAGUGUUACAAAGGUGCGGUGGGUGACAGUGGAGUAUUGUUAAAGCUACAACUUGACCCAUCUGGUCAGUAUGCGGUCACCAGCUGUACGGACAAAAGUCUGUGUAUAAUUGACUUCAAAACUGGGGACCUAGUGGCCACAAUGUUUGGUCACUCGGAGCUGGCUACAGGUGUGAAGUUCAUGCCUGAUCUGAAGCGUUUGAUAUCUGUAUCCAGUGAUGGAUGUAUCUUUGUAUGGAGAUUACCCCCGGAACUGACUGAGUCCAUGAAAAGUCGGCUGGAGGAGAUGGGAAGACUUCCUAUUGAGGCCAUCAAUGGGGAAAUCAACAGGAAACCGAGUGAUUACAAUGAACAGCUGGGUAGGGCUCCCUUGUUUCCAAAUGAACAGGUGAUUAAGACACCCACCAAGAUCCUGGAGGAGUUACAAAAACAGAGAGAAGAGGAACAGCCCGACUUCAGAUACAGUGUGGGACCACUGCCCAACUGGGCCAAAGCCAAGAUGGGUGAAAACAGUAACAGUCAACAGAAAAAUGACAAUAAACCUCUCCCCCGGGGACGAUGGGCAAGAAGGAUUGACAAUGUGGAAGAUCUUAGUCAACUGGAGAUUGCAGACAGCCGUGAUGACCAGAAGGUACAGAAAGUGAGACGGGAGACUGUGAUUUUGAAACAAUCUGAGAACACGCCGAGGAAAGUUCCCAGAAUUCCGAGUAAGGAAGAGGUCGAUGAGGAUUUCUUCCCCAUAAUUCAGAAAGAGGAAGAGAGUUCUGAGGAUAAAGACUCAAAGUGGUCCAGGCUCUCGUUUCAUCGUAGUCAGGACGACCUGGAUGACCUUGACGAGUCUUCCCCAGAGGUCAUUUACUACCCUCCCAGUGAAGCUUCAGUGGAAACCAAUAGCAGCUCUUUCACGGUGUUCACAGGUCAGGGGAACAGGCGGCUCACUAAAGGCUCUAGUAGGACGUCCAUCUCUGAGAGAACAGCUGAUGCAGAGUCAUCGAGCACAGACCCAGUGUCCGUGGAUGAGUUGGAGGAUGAGGAGGACCAGGGGGAUAUCCCCUCCCUCCCAACCACCCCAGGGGAAGAGCUAUCAGCGAAGACCCCAGACAGGGAGAAGUUCCUGAAGGACACUUUUGAGAACCUGAGUUUUACUCCGGAGAACAAGGAAUGGUUUAAGAAGAACCUUGAGGAAGAGGAGAAAAAGAAGGAAGAGGACGACUCAAAUGGAUUCAACUCCAGACUGAGCAUCUCAUCCAAAUUCCUGUCCAGGGCACAGCAGGCCAACAUCAGGAACAUCUCGGUAUAUAACAGUGUUCAACGACAGGACAACUGGUUUGAUUCUCUACAAAAACGUAAGGAUGUUAUGGCGCGAGCUGUCGAUGAAACAAGAAAGACUUUGAUGGCUAUGGGUUGGAAAGACCAGAGUCCUGAGUCUGAAGGCGAUCCUCAUCACAGCCCUAUCCAGGAACUUUCUGAAGUCAGGAGAUCGCUAGAUAGAGAGGAUGUUCCACAAAGCCCUAGAACGCCAACAUCUCUUCGCAGAUGUUGGUCAACCUUUGACCUCCCUAAACAGCCAAUCCAGGAGGAGCAUCCAGCCCCUGUUCCCUGCACUGUUCACACCCCCACCAAAAAGGGUAACACUCACAAUGUAGACUCCACACCACCGCGGUGGCGUAGCCGGAUACCCACCCCUCCAUCUCUGUCCAGAUCCACCACCCAGUGCGGAUAUGCAUUGACGAGUGACAGCGAUGAUUCAUCUUCUGGAGGUAGACGAACCCAAAGGUCAAGGCCAAGCACUCUAUCCAUCAACCAUGAAGAAAAGAAAAAACCAGAGCCCCGGUCUCAUUCACAGAGUUCAAUGUUUAGAAAACGGCAGUCCACUUCACAGUCAAGGUCAUCUACAGACCAGCGUGAGGCAGUGUCUGGACUCAGUAAGAGUACCUCAAUGACCAAUCUCAACAGCAGUACAGGAAAAAAACAGAACAUAAAGUACAGGAUCAACAAAUCUCUGUCAAAAACUGCUGCAUAUGCCUCCACUCCAAAUCUAGCUGGUGCUCUUAGUGACACGUCAGAGGACUGGGAUCCAGACAGUGCUGUAGUCAGUGGUAACCUGUCCAAUAGUGUACCGGAUCUGUUGGACGAUCAACCACAGAAUCUCAGGUCUAAAAGAAAUGAGGUUAAAAAAUCACUACCAGAAACCAAGAGGUUUUCAACAGGUACACCUAAAAAAGUGAGUACAACAUCCGUGGCUGGCAGGAAGCCGGCUCGCAUGUCACUACCAGGGAGGCAGAUUUCAUCCGAUAAAAGUGAAAAGAGUGAUAAAGAAUUGAUGCCACCUCCCAACACAUCAAAUCUGAAUGUUACAAAAUCUAAACAGAAUGUGUUUAUCAAACGAGCUACUCGAUCUCAGUCUCAGCAAAAACAGGAACUCACACUGGAUCAGGCUAAAAAUAUUCUGAAAGGAAAUUCGGGAAUUCUAAGACAGGGGUCUAAUACCCAAGUGAGGGAGAAAAAUCCUCGAUCCACUCCUCCCUCUAACAGAACCAUUCCCAAAGUCACUUCUCCUCCUGUCCAUCUAUCCAAUAACAUUCUGGAGAUAGCCACAGAGAUUGAGAUGACUGCUGACAAUCUCAGAAGACAGAAAAUGGAGGCAGCUUUUCAGGACCUGUCAGCAUUAGAUGCUAGCCCCAACGAUUUACCGGAGAAAGACUAUACACCUCAGACCUCCAACUCAUCUCAAACCUCCCUGACCACCAAUUCAUCCCAAAGCUCCUUGACUUCAGUAUCCACUCUGCCCAACUCAAACAGUCAAUUGACUCCCACUGAAUAUCUUGCCAACUCUCAUCAGUCUCAUUCUGACUCUCAGCUGAAUGACUCGUGGACAAGCACGCUGACCAGUCAGUCUGAGAAUGAGUUAGACGACACUCCGUCUAGAAGCAUCAAAGACAGAAUUGCUCAGCUCACGUCUCAGUCAAGCUCCCAAGAGACUCGAGUUAAUGUGAGCAAUAGCCCCUCAUCUGUUGCUAUGUACUCUCCAGGUUCAACCACCAGUCAAUACAGCUCAGGGGUGGGAUCCAGUUUGGAUUCCGAAACAGCCACCAAGAUGUUCCAUGGACUCAGCCCACCAAGAAACUCCCAAACUGGGCAGGAACACAGCUACAGUCUGGAGCAUGCCCUGAAUGUGGUGUCUCAGUCGUCCAAUACACUUCUAACAUCGGCAACAAAGACCACACCUACAAGCCGACAGGUUGCUGCCCACUCCCCUUACACUCCUGGUAGAUCCUCCUCCCAAUCUUCAUCUCACUCUACCAUCACUCCUUCACCCACACAGAGUCCCAGGAAAACAGACGACCUUAAUCUCAGUAUGGAGGCAAUUAAGGAUCUCAAGAAAAUGGUUGCCACGGUGACUGAUACCUACAAAAAACUGCAAGACUUAAGUAAUGGGAGUCAAUCCGAAGGUCUUCAAAUGCUGUCAGAAGCGAUCGUGGAUUGCUCAGCGGAGUUGAAUAGUGUCAUCGACAACAAAUCCUCCAAUAACCAUUACACAGAAAUCAAAGACAUGAUUCGUCAGAAUCACCACUUAUUAACCACAAAUCAACAGAUGCUGAAAUCUCUUCUGGUGCCAAAGUGAUCGUUACUGUCAGUUCCAUUGUUAUACCUGUCACACCAUUGUGAUGCCCUGCCAAAGCCAGUGCUUUAUCGUUCCAUUUUUAUUUCAUUCACUGUGAUGAUGAGCUUCAAUAAUGCAUAUAUUGUGAAAAGUGGAUUCCACUUAAACUGGUUCAUGUUCCUGUAAUUAUCUCCUUCUCUAUGUAAACUGGUACCUGAUAUUCUGAUCAUUGAAAUAUCAAUGGCUCCAGGCCUUUAUGGGUGUAAAACCGUUUUUUAUGGGUUUUUUUUUUUCUACUGCAGAUGUGUAAUAUAUUUUAUGAUGUAUGUUAUUUUCCUUCCACUCCUAGUUUAUUUAAGUGGUCUCACCAUUUUACUGAGAUUUAUGUUUUUCCAUUAUUUAGGGUGUUUUCCAGGUUUUUGUGUUCAUUGUAUGAUUUCCAUGCCUACAUGACCUCUGGUUGUGACUGGUUUCCAUGUCAACAUAUCAUGUAAUGAUGUGAAUGUCUAGUCAAUCUUCUGUCUCUCAGCAGUGAACAGAUCUUACUUCCGUGGGAGAAUUCAAAAUUCUCAAUAAAUUAUCACAUCCUGCAGCGACUGAAUGAAUGAAUAAUAAAGUAUUAAAUGACUGGUACCUUUCCAUAUCAAUAAAUUUUCUGCAAAGGGAAGUGAAAUACAUGUCUUGAUUUAGUGGAUUAAAGUAUUUCUUCUGAAGAUGCUUAAUUUGGGCUCUGUUCCCAGCCAGUGCUUCUAGUUUGUCUAUUUGGGUGAUUAAUUAGGAAGUUUUUCAACAUGGAUACAUCUUUUCAGAAAUUAAUUCGUCACCAUAUUAAAAUAUAUACAUUGAUAAAAAAAAUGUAUUGGUGUGAUUUUUACAAUGCCAAUAGAUUUUGCCAAAUAAGCAAAGCUCCUGCUAUGACAGAAAUAUUUAUGUAGAUUCAGAUAUGAAUGGUUUUUUUCUAUUGAAACAAAUAUGCAGUUUAAAUAAUAUGGGAUGCCAAGGUGUGUGGGUUUUGUUUUGCAGAGGAAUGUGAUAUAAAGCUACAAAUAUGUGGGGCAAAUAUUUAAUUUCAAAAUCUGUACCGGUACAUAUUGGUGUCAAUUUACAACCCCAUGUUCAUCUAGAUUUACAUGUUCUGGGGAAGCCUUCCUCCUUGCACACUUAUCCAAAAUGGGUGAAUUUAGAAGUGGAUAUCAUUAUUAUAAAAGUUUGUUCUUUACUUGAUGGUAACAAAAAAACUGUCUUGAGGCGAAUUCAAAUUUGAUUGAAAUUAUUUUCUGAAACAUAUGGGUGUAAAUAACACAAGGAAAUUUUUGCGUGUAUAAAUUAUAGGGGAACGAUGCGAUUUAUUGCAACUUUUUCUACCUCUUCCCUGAGUUGUGUGGUUGUGAUGUGAACUUUUUUGAUUUGCGUAUGCAAUUUACUUUUCUAUAACAUUUGUAUGACAUCACUUGCCAUUUAUCAGUGGAUCAUCAGUUUGACACCAAGCAAAAAACAUUAUUCUCUACCCACAGGGUGUUUUUGAUUUGUUUGUCCAUAUCUUUAACUAGAUUUUAACCCAAGUCUUGAAUUUUAAAACAUAUUAUGAUAGAAAGUCCAGAUUUUGCCAAAAUUAAACUGGUGUUAGGUAAUAAAUCGAAGAUAAUUUUUUUCAAUGAUAGAAGGCAUAUUGUACAUCCGUUGUCUUACAGGACUUCCAUUUUCCCAUGUUUUUAUACUUUUGGAAAAUGAUCUCAAUGUUAUGAAUUGUACAUUCCAGUUUUAUGUGCAGAUCAAUUCAAGCAUAUAAAAGGAUUUGGGUGUCUAGUGGCAUGUUUUAAUGUUAUUGCUCCUGUGCUUUCAUCAACAUUUCAAUUGUUGGUUACUCAAAUGGAGUCUUAUUCUACAAGACAAACAGCUGACCUCUGUACACUAUACAUAUCAAUUCAUGAUGAAAUUUGGAUGGGCAAUUAAUUCAUUGAGACAGUAAAAUAGUUGUAGACUAACAUCAAUCAUCAGUAGUAAAUUGUUACAUUGCUCUGAGAAACUUUAAAUAAUGGGGACCAUUUGGUUGUGCCAUAUAAAAGGUUGUACAAAUCAACAAAUAUAGACUUUCAGAGUUGAUCAUAAAAUUGUACAGUAGCAUGUUUUUAUUGUCCAGUAAUGAAGUGCAUGUAUGUUUAUUGAAAUAUGCUCACAUUCUAUGCAAAUUUGUUGACAAAUUUGUUACAAUGAUAAUAAACAUUUCAUAAAUGU